CGAUUUUAUGUGUAGACAAAUAGAUUUUGCCAUAUAUCAGUUACCGGGUGAUGUAACAGUACAUCAUGAUGCAAUACGGGCUUAUAAACAGGCCGACUGUGAACCGCUUCAUACUUCACAGUCCAAUCUCUCUACCUAGACAUGUCUAUCACCACAUCUGAAGCAACCGCUAUAUUGGAAGAAAUCUUUCCAGAAAACUAUGCCAUCAUUGCCGGCGCAGCGCUCAUACUCUUCGACCAUGCCAUAACAUUUGGCCAGGAAGUCCAGCUGUUCUGGGGUGAACGAUCAUUCUCCGCAUGGUUGUUCUUUGCCAAUCGGAUGCUCGCACUGGUCUAUGCUAGCAUUUCUGUUUGGUCCGUCAUGAACAUCUAUACAGUAGCGAGUUGUAUGGCAAACUUUAUGGCGAGCAAUGUGGUUUUUGAUCUCCUUGCGGUAAUCUCACAGGUGGUUACAAUGUUACGAGUAUACGCCGUGACAGGUGGCGACCGACGACCUGUUAUGCUCGUCGCAUUGAUGACGGUCCUCAACGUGGUCUUUGAUGCCUACACUGAAUUCGCCCAAAUAUCAUAUUCCGUGGUCAUAUUGAAUAGGACAGCCAUAUGCAGCCAGUCCUACGCUUCAAGUUCAGAAAAAGAUGUCGUUACAAGAUUGGAAAUAGCCAGUAGUGCCUUUGCUGCAGUCGCUGCCAUCAUGACGCUCGCAAUCUUGUGGCGCAAGCUAUAUGUUGACCAUAGACCAGUGAUCGCUGAUCUCCUGUCUACAAGGAAUCCGUCGCUUGCAGCGCAGCUACUCAGAGACGGCACAAUCCAACUGACAGUACUACUACUACUGAACUUGCUAUUGACCGUAUUGACAUUCGUGAACUCCGUAAGAUGCUACAUAUAUCAUCGCAUAUUUGGAAUACUCACUCGUUCCCAUUCUGAUCUCUCGUGUCCUCCUCAACAUCCGAGCCGCAGCGCAGUCCACGCGCGGAGAACAAUUCCAAACACCCUCUUUCGUCCGGUCGCGGCGUGGAGUCCAAACACAAGACGACGUCGAAAACAUGUCGUUCGAAUUAAACGUCCUCAACAGCACCGAACAAGCCCCGCAGGGCGAUCGCUCUCACCCGCAAGAGUCUAUUGACCGUGAUGACAUUGUUGCUGUAUCGCGGAGCACGGUGAACGACGUUGUUACUGCCGGCGAUGCUCAACAGGAUGUGAACGAGGAAGAGGGGAUAAACGAAAUCGAGGAAGAGGUGCUGUCGGAUUGGGAGGAUGAUGUGUAAGGGGAGAGAAUUUGCUUGCGAUUCAAGUUUACCUUCUAUAAUUUGUUGCGUUCUUUUCGUCUCGGCUCCGCACAAUAUGGCCAUUGGCGUUUCAAGUUUCGUCGCAGGGCUUCACAGCCAACCUCAGCAGAUACAAUUGCAUUAUAGAUAGGCUCGUCUAAUAUGUUUCUUCUUUCACUGCUCCUCUCCAUGAUAUCUAUCAUCACUUUCCUGCGUG